UACUCACCCUUUAUAUGAUUCUCCAACCACCCACCCAACUUGCUCAUCUACACAAAACUUUAGAUCUGCUGCAUCUGCACUUCACCUUCAAGACAACAACAACAAUGGAAGCUCUCCUGUCCCAAUUCACCUUCCUCUCCAACCAGGCACUCUCUGACAAAAACUUCGAUCCAUCGACAAUAGAAGAGCUGAUGAAACUGUUUGAAUUGGAGGCCUACAAGUCAUGGGCAUCCCUGGAGCUUGAGCAGCAAAAGGAGGUGGAAGAAGCUGAGAUAUCAAUGAAGGAAGCAGAGGCAUAUCUUGACUCGGUAAUGGACAGUGCUAUGGAGGAGUUUAGGCUGUUUGAAGAGGAGCUAGAGCGAACAUCCAAGGCUGAAUAUGAUAGCCUAGUUCAAACUGCAGAUAAUGCAAGGAAGAUGGGGAAGUUGAUGGAGAAAGCAGCCACUAUUGCUUCCAAGAAGUAUAUUGAAGCCGCAAUGAAUUCAGCUACUUCUACAAUGAAGAUGGCAUGGAAGGGGAUUUCCUCUAAAAAAGUUCAUCCUUCUUGAGAUGGGGUUUCCCCUUUGUGAUGAUAUUAUGAAAUAAGGCCACUAUAGGUUGGAGCACAUCUCCUCUGUAGUUGUAUGUCAUUUGGGGUCUUUUUUUAGGCUUCUUUGUGGUGUGGAAGAGUAGAUCUGUGAAGUUGUUGUGUUUCAAAAUCUUGCAAUAUGAAACACCACCCAUCCACAAGAAAAAAAAAACAAAACAAAAACUGAUCCUUUGUUUAAAGCACAUCUUAUCAUUCUCAAAAUCACACCAUACUUCCCUUUGUUAUCUGUGGAGAUCUUGUUUCCUUUUUCUCUAUUUUGCAGGAAACAUGCCUAGGGUUUGGUUCUUCUAUUGAUUUCCCACUUGUUUUAGGGGAUUUAUAUCACAUAAAGAUUACUACUUUAGUUGAUUAACUACAAUGUUUGUUGAAACUCAAGGGGUAACACAGGAGAGCUAGCCCUUCCCAUUACCCCCAAACCCUCCCUAUCCUGGUGAAGGAUUUCAUUGAGACAACUAAUUUCAGAGCAUUGAUAUUAUAAGCCCUUCUUUUCUUA